GAUAAUAAAGAAAAAAACAGUAACAAGACCUGCUAUAUCCAAACACCCAGCCAACAAGAGAGAGAGAAAGGAAGACCGCUCUUUCAAGGGGGACGAACAAAAACACACUUAAGAGGAGAACUUGUGGAGACAGCUCAGAUAUUACUCCCACCUGACUGGUGUGGUGCCACUGACCAAGGAAAUCUACCACUGCAUGCAAGAGUCAAGAUGUUUGCUGUCCACUUGCUCUCCUUCUAUUUCUCCAAACUACAAGAGGACCAAAUAAAAAAGGUGGACAGGUUCCUGUAUGCCAUGCGUCUGUCAGACGAGCAGCUGAAGGAUAUCUCAGCUCGCUUCAUGGUGGAGAUGGAGAAGGGGCUGUCCAACGAGAGCAACGCUACGGCCACUGUCAAGAUGCUUCCAACUCAUGUCCGCUGUACUCCUGACGGAUCAGAGAAGGGGGAGUUUCUGGCUCUGGACCUGGGGGGCUCCAAGUUCAAGGUGCUGCAGGUGAGGGUACGUGAGGAUGGCAGGGGGAAGGUGGAGAUGGACAGUGAGACCUAUCCAGUCCCAGCAGAGCUGCGCAGCGGCCGAGGCACUGAGUUUUUUGACCAUGUUGCUGAAUCUCUGAAGGACUUCCUGCAAAAGAAGAAUAUCACGCAGAAGAAGAAACCACUGGGCCUUACCUUCUCCUUCCCCUGUCUGCAGUCCACAGUUGACCAGGGAGUGCUGCUGUCCUGGUCCAAGAACUUUAAGGCCAGGGGAGUCGAGGGGACCAACGUGAUGGAGAGCCUCAGACAGGCUAUCCAAAGAGCUGGGGUCAUUGAUGUCGACGUCCUAGCGCUGGUCAAUGACACUGUGGGAGCCAUGAUGACUUGUGGUUAUGAUGAUCAGCGCUGUGAAGUGGGAGUCAUCGUAGGUACGGGCACUAACGCGUGCUACAUGGAGGGGCUGAGGCACAUUGACCUGGUGGAGGGGGAUGAGGGGAGGAUGUGCAUCAACACAGAGUGGGGUGCCUUCGGGGAUGAUGGGAGACUGGAUGACUUCAUCACAAAGUUUGACAGAGAGAUUGACGCCGCCUCUGUCAACCCUGGAAAACAGCUGUUUGAGAAGAUGGUGAGUGGGUUGUACCUGGGGGAGCUGGUGAGGUUAAUCUUGUUGAAGAUGGCCAAGGAAGGACUGCUGUUUGGAGGUGGGGUGUCUGAUGCCCUCCGGACCAAAGGCAAACUGGAGACCAGACAUAUAUGCAUGAUGGAAGAGUAUAAGGAUGGCCUGAGGAACACCAGAGAGGUGCUGGUCGACCUGGGCUUGAGCCCCUCUGAUGACGACUGUCUGGCUGUGCAGCAUGUCUGCACCCUGGUCUCCUUCAGGUCGUCCAACCUCUGUGCUGCCACACUCGCCGCCAUUCUCACACGCAUCCGCACCAACAGGAAGCUAAAAACACUCCGCAUCACAGUGGGAAUGGACGGGACUGUCUACAAGACACACCCCCAGUAUGCCAAGAGGCUUCACAAGGUGGUGCGUCGCCUCGUACCCGAUUGUUACGUUCGCUUCCUGCUCUCCGAGAGCGGCAGCGGGAAGGGGGCUGCCAUGGUAACGGCGGUGGCGCAGCGGCUGGCGAAGCAGCACGCUCAGAUGGAGGCCACCCUGGAGCCAUUCAGGCUGAGCCCCGAGCAGCUGGGGCUGGUCAGGGACAGGAUGAGGGCCAGUCUAGAGCAAGGACUGAAAAGGGAGAGCCAGGACUCUGCCUCGGUGAAGAUGCUGCCCUCAUACGUGUUCAAGACCCCAGACGGAACAGAGAGAGGGAAAUUCCUGGCGUUAGAUCUCGGUGGAACCAAUUUCCGGGUGUUGGUGGUGAAGAUCCGUAGCGGGAUCCGGCGCUCGGUCCGCAUGUAUAACAAGAUCUACUCCAUCCCCCAGGAGAUCAUGCAGGGCACAGGGGAGGAGCUGUUUGACCACAUAGUUCACUGUAUUUCUGACUUCCUGGACUACAUGGGGAUGAAGAACACCCGUCUUCCUCUGGGCUUCACUUUCUCCUUCCCCUGCCAGCAGGCAGGAAUAGACAAGGGUACCUUGGUGAGCUGGACCAAGGGUUUCAAGGCCACUGACUGUGAAGGAUAUGAUGUUGUGGAAAUGCUUAGGGAGGCCAUCAAGAGACGCAACGAGUUUGACUUGGACAUUGUUGCCGUGGUCAACGACACGGUGGGAACUAUGAUGACGUGUGCGUACGAGGACUCGCGAUGUGAGGUUGGACUCAUCGCUGGAACGGGCAGUAACGUGUGCUACAUGGAGGAGAUGAGGAACAUUGAGAUGGUGGAGGGGGACGAGGGCCAGAUGUGCAUCAACACAGAGUGGGGGGGUUUCGGGGAGGACGGCUGCAUCGACGACAUCAGGACCAGGUUUGACGGAGAGGUGGACAAGGGGUCCCUCAACAUCGGGAAGCAACAGUUUGAAAAGAUGACCAGCGGGAUGUAUCUGGGGGAGAUUGUCCGACAGAUCCUGAUUGACCUGACCAGGAGAGGCCUGCUAUUCAGAGGACAUGUUACUGAGACUCUGAAGACUAGGGGCAUUUUUGAAACCAAGUUCCUGUCUCAAAUAGAAAGUGACCGCCUGGCGCUCCUGCAGGUCAGGUCCAUCCUGCAGCACCUGGGGCUGGACAGCACGUGUGAUGACAGUAUCGUAGUCAAGGAGGUGUGUGGCGCCGUGUCUCACCGUGCAGCUCAGCUCUGCGGAGCCGGAAUGGCCGCUGUGGUUGAGAAGAUCCGAGAGAACCGCGGGCUGGCCACCAUGGACAUCACCGUGGGGGUGGACGGAACACUCUACAAGCUCCACCCACAUUUCUCCAGAGUGCUCCAGGAGACCGUCAAGGCCCUGGCGCCACAGUGUGAGGUCAACUUUGUCCUAUCAGAGGACGGCAGUGGGAAAGGUGCUGCCCUCAUCACCGCAGUAGCACGUCAGUCCUGUCGGGAGACAUAACACAAAACAAGAGACUGCAUUACGUGACUAUGUUACACCACAUAGUUUCUAGCAAAAUACAACUUGUGACUGCAAUGUAAGCUGUUCAAUUAUGACUGGAAACAGGUGUGACAUGGGAUCAAUAUUCUCUGUCAAAGGGCUGGCCAGGACUGUCUAGAUGAUCAUUUAAUUUGUAUUCUGAUCACUUGUUAUAUUUCCUUAAAAUAUCAUUGAUUUUGACUGGACACAUACUGUAGAUACGAAGGGAGGACACAAAGAGGCUGAGCGAGAGAAGAGAGAGAGAGAGAGAAAAGUGGAUGCAGUCAGGAGCUGUGGGGGAAGAUGUGGAGGAAUGGAAUGGAUCAGAGCUGGUCAGAUUAGAAUGUCCUGAUAACACUGUUGAGCUUUUGUCACAGUAUGGUGGGAGGAAUUGCACGAACUCAUUCCUGUCAAAGAUGUUUUCGAAAUGAUUAUGCAAAAAAAAGAGAAAAUUGUUUGAUAAGUUGUUUCAAAAAUGUUAUUUUAGUUAUAAAAUUGUUAUGGAUGUCAAAAUCAAGCGCUCCAUCCCAUCCAGGAAAUAUGACUUUGGGAAAACCACUUAUUGAACAAUUGUCCUUUCUUCAGUACAAACAUUUCAUAGGCUAUGCCAUAGGCUGUGUAAGUGUGUUGAGUAUGAGUGCCAGUUUCAUAGAAGGAACUAUUUUUAUAUUUACUAUAUUAAUAUUUUGUAUAGUGUCAUACACUACAGUAUUUUUCAAACCAGCAGACGUUCCAGUCUAUUAAAAUAUCUGUGAAAGAAAA